AUGUCUUUCUUCGAAGGAGACACGCGCAAGGGCGAGCAGCCCGCGCCGCCGCCGCGGGCCCUCACCCCCGUCGAGAUUGGCGUCAUCAUCGGCACCAUCACCGUCUUCGUCGGCGUCGUCGGGACGCUCUUCUACUACCGGACGCGCAGGGCCAAGAAGCGCCGGGGCGAGAACGGCGAGAGGGUCGAUGACGGCGAUGACGUUGACGACGACGACGAGGAGCACCGGGUGCAGGGUCCGGGUCACAGUAAGAACGACGACGCGUCGUCCCGCGGCGAGGACGAGAGGAGAGUGACGAGGCCGUCGCCACCGCCGCCGCCUCCGCCGAGGACUCUUCCUCCAAGAAAGAAGAGAAUCUGGGACCCGUAUGAGGGACCCAAGAUAGAGGAGGCUGAUGGUAAUUCCCCCGCCCCCCCUUCGCUCUGCUGUUGUCAGAAAGAACAUGACAAACAUGCUGACGAGGUCAAAGUUGAGAGAGGCGAGAGCCACGAAAUGCGGCAAGGCAUGAAGCUUGAAUAUCGAUAG